AUGGUCGGUAAUGGUGAAUACGAGGAUCAAAACUCCUCAAAUGCGUCAUCAUUUUGGGAGUGUCGAGAAUAUCAUCGGACGGUUAAACGCGUGGAUGCUGCAUACAAACUUUGUAAUGAAUUAUGUUUAAUGAUACAAGAACGGGCAGAAUUAGAAAAAGCCUAUUCAUCUAAUCUUAAGAAAUGGUCUUCUCGGUGGCUUAGUUUCCUUGAUUCUGGUCUAGAGUAUGGUUCUGGAUCCUCCCCUUGGAAAGGAUUAUGUAAGGAAGCUGAAGCUAUAUCAAAUGCUCAUCAAAAUGUACGCAACAUCCUAAUAGACGACAUUCAAACUGGAGUUAAGCAAUGGCAAAAAGAGCACUUUCACAAAAGUUCGUUACCUCCGCAGACAUUGAAAGAAACAAAACAAUUUGAACAAGAUUUUGAACUAGCACAGAAACAAUGGUCCAAACGUUUGAAAAAAGUUCACACUACUAAAAGGAGUAUUAUCAAGCUUGCAAGACAGAACGUUCACUUCAAGUUCAGGUUCGGAAUGCUAAGAGUGACCCAAGUGGUACUGCUGAGCAGCUUAAGAAAACACAAGAAAAAUUAG